AUGAGCGCGACACAACCACAGCAAGACCAUCAGGCCAUCGAGGAGCACGACGUCGACUACGGCUCCGACCUUGCCAACGACGACAUUGACGAGGUUGUUCCAGAGCACGAUGAAGAAGGCGACAUUCCCAUGGACGAUGACAGUGACGGCGAGGAUGUGCAGGAGCAGCAACAACAUCAACAACAUCAACAUCAACAACAACAACAUCAAGAAGAGUUUGUCGACAACUCGAUAGCCGCUUUCUACUCUCACCGCAAGUCGGUCUUCUCGGUUUCACUUCACCCUUCUUAUCCUAACCCACCAUUGGCACUCAGCGGAGGUGAAGAUGACGGUGGAUGGAUUUGGAACACCCAGGAUGGUUCCGAAGUCGUUCGGCUCGGCGGUCAUUCCGACAGUGUCACUUCGGCUCUCUUCAACGCUGCUGGUGAUCUCGCUGCCACCGGUGGCAUGGACGGCAAAGUUCGCAUCUGGCGCAAGAGGAGCGAGGAUUUUAAAACAUGGGAGUUCCUCGCCAGUCUCGAAGGUCCCGAUGAGGUGGUCUGGAUCGAUUGGCAUCCCAAGGGUAGCGUCCUCGCUGCUGGUGGUGCCGAUGCCACUGUGUGGAUGUGGCAGCUUCCUAGCGGCAACGUUAUGAACGUCUUCUCGGGUCAUAGCGACCUUGUCUCUUGCGGUAGCUUCUCUCCUGACGGCAAGAGGCUCAUCACCGGCGCCGAAGAUGGCACUCUCAUCGUCUGGGACCCAAAAACUGCCGAGGUCAUCUCCAAGGUACAGACACAUCUCGAUGGCGGCCUCACACAACUUGCCGUCUCGCCCGAUGCUCGAGUUGUCGUCGUUGGUGGUGCUGCAGGUGACGUUCGCGUUGUCAACAUUGGUGCGCUCGACAACGGUGGAGCAGCCUCGGUCGUCGCUUCUCUCACUGCUCACGCCGAGGGCGAGUCAAUCGAAGGCAUUCAGUUUGUCGACGUCGGAGUUGGCAGUCGCACCGGUCACGUCAUUACUGCUUCCACUGAAGGCAAAGCUAUCGUCUGGGAUCUCUCUCUCGCCAAGAUGCGUUGCGAGGUUAUGCACGAUGCUGCGAUCACUGGUGUCGCUUUGCAUCCUGGCACCACUCUCUUCUCCACCUCUUCCGCUGACCACACCAUCAAGACAUGGGAUGCUAGGACCGGUGGCUGCGUUGCCACACAACAAGGCUUCACUGAUGGCGUUCUCGCCCUCGCAGUCGGCAAGGAUGACGGCUUCACACAAGGUGCCGAAACAGGCGGAAUCGGCGCCUACGCCAACACUGCCAACUCCAGAGGCUGGAAACUCGUCGGAGCUGGUGACGAGGGUGUUGCGCUUGUCUUUCGCGUUUGA